AAUCUUCUUGGUGAUUGCCGCUAUUUGAUUGAGAAGAAAAAUGCAUUUGAUCGAAAAGACGUCGGCAGGUCCAACGUCCAGUCCCGAAAUGGCCCAAGGCCAAAGACAUAAUCAGCAAUUGCGGGUAAAUUCCCGUCCGUGGGAUUACGACACAGAGGACAGUGGCGUGGACAGCGUGAGCAGCUUGGCCGGUUUGGAAGCGGAUAGUAGUCACGCAACGAUAAGUGCGAACAAGGCGAGUAGUGUCGAAUACUCGGCCGUCAUAGUCGGCAACAACAAGGUGCACAGUGCGGCCGAAACCAAACAACCCGUCCAACAGAGGAAGUCCUUCUUACACACAGUCUACGGUGGCGCCCAGCAGUCUCGGCGAUCUCCACCUGCGCUCGAUUGCAACGCCAACCAGAAUUUAUUCCGCAAGAAUGUCGUCAACCGGGCACUCACGAAACGCGAAGGUGUGGAACAAAGUGCCGGACACGACACUCGGGCGCUCGAGUCGGCCAAAAAUAAUUUUCUGCAUAGUUUGCUAGACGACGAAGAGGCCGUCGGCCUUGACUCGCGAUCUAGCCGAGCGGAACAGCCUUCCCCUCCUCCUCCGCUUCUUGCAACAGAACCGCCAGCUUCAUCAACGUCAGUAGCGUUGGAUUUGCUACCCGAGCUGGUCCAGCUGCUGGACGCCAACGGAGUGAUGGACGGCGGUUUGAUUGAGCUGAUCGGGCGGGACGGGACGAGGGCCAGUCUCCGUGUGACCUUGGCGCCUCCUUCCGGUUCUUCUUGCUGCUCAUCGGCCACAUCGUCGGUGAUGACGUCACGUAAGAACAGUUUCAACAGUCGUCUGCAUCGCAACUCGAAACGCUCAUCUCAGCGCAGAUGCAAACAGGCCGACGUUGCAGAUGCGACGAGCAUCGCUUCCAGCACCAAGUCGGCAUCCUCUUCCGGAUCGACUCCGUCUUUGUCCACCAACUUGUCCAGCGGCGGCGCGGGUUUUAUUGCUCAGCGGCCCCGCAGCGUCCGGCGGCGACCUUCGUCAUCAUCGUUCCAUAAAAAAGUUCCCGGCUUUAGCGUCUCGAUGGCCAUACCCCCCAGCAAAGUAGCUAUUUUGGCCUCGAAAUUCAACUCGCUCAUCAACGAAAGUCGACGGCAGGGCAACACUAGCGCCACCGCUUCGAUCACCGCUAAUCAUAACAAUAACAAUACGAACGUCACAGGCGAUGGACGGGAUAAUAAAUCAUCAGAUAGCGUCGGUCAACCGAUUGCGGCCGAUACGGGGGGAAUUCCGGCGCCCAAUCAGCGCCCAAUUUCCUCUACGUGGUCUUGGCGUUUGGUUGCACCCACCGUCUCUUGCGAAUCCGUCAGCAUAGGCCCCAAGCGAAAUAACUUGACGUCAAAUGUUGGACGAAGCCGGCCGAUCGAUACGAUUCCGGAAAUCCUCGAUCCGCCGCCAGAAGAGUCGGACAACAAGUCGAGCAGCGUCGAUAAAGCGCGGCGGAAGAGCCACGAUCUCUCUCAACCUUAUGGUGGAAGGUUUCACUCGGUAGCCAGGCCGUUGCCUUCAGAUCCGGCCGGAUCUUCUUCGUUGAAGAACGGUGCAAGUGUCUACGGAACGGUGAUGAGCAUCGUCAAACAAGCCAUUCGCAAGUUUGAGAAAUUCGAGGAUGGCAAAGUGGUGGGUUGCGAUCCAACUAGUGGCCAUCCAACUAGUGGCCAUCCAUCGGCUCCGGCGGCUGGUGUGGAUGGUCAGUUGGUUGCCUCUUCAUGUUCGGUUCACUAUCAAGAACCGACGGCCGUUAUUCCGGAAGGAAUCGAGCCAAACAAUUCCUUCCUGUGGCGGGAUCAGAAGAGUAUGCAGAGUUUGAUCUACGAAGCGACUAGUUUCAACGAACGAGUGGCGACAACGGCGGCCGUUUGCGGAACGACGCGGACGAACGCCGAGCCUUGCGAUUAUUACGAAAUGGGCAGCAGCAAAUACGACACGCUGCGCUCCCGACAAUCGAACGCUUACGACACGCUUCAUCAUCGAAAUCAGAGCAAAUCAUCGUCGUCUUCAUCCAGUGGAUACGACGAAAUCCAAUCGCCUUGCAGUUUGACGUCGAAUCCGUCCGAUGCGGCCACAUCCGUCAAGUACGACGACGUGAAACUGACGCCCAACUGCGUAACUUACGACGAGCUGUCCUACCUCACGGGCCGGAGACAAUCCAACGGCUACGACGAGCUGAUGCGAUCGCCUCUAUCCACCACCUCUUCCGGCGGGUACAUCGAUCCGGGCAGUAGUUCCGCGUUGGGAUACGAAAGAAUCUUGCCACCGGAAGCCGAACAGACGGAAGACGAAGACGGAAGUACGUUGCGUUACGAAGAAUGCGGAUCCCCUUCUGGGCAGGCAUCUUCAUCCGUCGUCACAGUGACAGCUAUGCCCGCUAUCGUGUGCGAAGAUCAGCUGGAUAGCAUCAGCUACCUUUACGACGACAUCCGCACCGUCGAUUUGGGAAGGAACAGCAGAGGCUAUGGCGGAUGUUAUAGCGGUUCCAAUCAUUCCUACGAGCCCAUUUAUGCCCACCUGGGUGAAGCCACCAGUAAAAUGGGUGGAUUAAAUUCUUCACCUUCUUCCAUGUCUUCCUCAUUGGUCGGUCAAAACGACAAGUCUAGCGACACACUGUCAGACUCAUCGGUGGAGGGCGUGCACGAAGUAUGCUCCUACAAAUUGACCCAGAUGGGCAGCGGUGCAGUUCCAGAUUCUCCGGCGCCUAGUUUAGCCGGAACAUCGACAUCAACACGGACGGGAACGGAAAGGCGUAGCGAAACGAGUGACGAAUGGAUAGAUAUUAGCGAUCCAGAAGAGCCGGCCUGGACGGUAACGCGGAUUCGACAAAGGCACGAAGUGACCAACGCUUCUUUCGUGCGUCGAGGGCAUCGAGCCAGCCGGCGUAAACUGUCCAUUCCAAAGGCAAGUGGUCAGCAAUCAUGGUCGCAAACAAUGCGCACCCUAGUCAAAAAUGGAUUCAACAAAGCGACGACGCUUUCCAAGCGGGCCGGCAAAGAUGUACAGCAGGUCGGCAAAGAUGUGCGGCAUCAAGUACAGCGGGCCGGCAAAUUAAAGCCAUCUGUAGCCGUUGCCGAAACAAGCAAUGCAGAUACGUUUGCUACGUCGGCUGUUCAUAUGACAAAGUCGUCGGCCAGGCGGCUACCCUCAGCCGAAACGGAGGCCAGUGGAACGGGCAGCAGCCAAACGUGGGAGGACUACGGUGAAAGCGAUGGCGAUGAUCUGGCGGACGACCAUCACUACGAGGCCCUUUACGAAGUUAUUAAUCCGCGAUUGACAUCAAUGGGAGCCGCGGCUUCUGUGACACUUUUGGAUCAUCACGACGACAGCUUCGACGAUUCAUUCGAUUCGGAUGACGCUUUCGAAGAGGUCGUCGUACGAGGACUGGAUGCAACAUCGGAUACAUCGAGAGAACGUCCUGGAUCGAGAUCCGGAUCGGAACGGUCCAAAGAGAGCGAAGAUCCAUCGUUACGGUCGGGUCAAGUGAAAAUCGGUCGAUUCGCUGAUUUGGCUGGUGAGCAAAUGCGCCGACUGCGUCGUAACUGGACUACGACCAAGACGGACAUUGGUAAAUCCAUCACGCGCAUCAAAAAGAAGAGCACGGCAAGCGUAGCAGAUCUGAGUGAAGUCUUUAAACCAUCCGCUUCGAGGCGGGAAAUGUCUCCGGAUAAGAGUAACAAUGGAGCAGCCAAUAAAGAGCCAAUCUAUUCGCCAUCAUCGCCAACUUCUCCAGGACAUCCGGAGGUUCGUCCAAACAGCAGUGACCACAAGAAGAAAGGCACAUGGGCGAUGCGCCAAAUUCGACGGCGGAUGACUAUCGUGUCACCCACUUAUGGUGUCACUGGAAACAAAGAAAAAGCUUCGACUUUCUAUCUGACGUUGACUAUCGAGCAGCCAACGACACCAGUCAAAACCAAUAACAAAAGUCCUGCAGUCAGCGAGGCGUCCAGUCCCGAACCGGUGUCGACGCCCAGUCCAGUGCCACCAUUGAUAAGUCCUCAGUCUCCCGAUUCUUCCAAAGUGCCCGUUCGACCAAAGAGGAUAUCUUCCGCCUUCUCUAUUGGUCCACAAUAUCAAUCAACCGUUCGACCUAAAACUGCUCCACCUGCUCCACCAGUUAAAUCUCCGGUAUGGCAACAACAUGCGGCGGCCGAAUCUGCCUUGGCAGCAUCACCUCCUCCGCUGGCCAGCGUUCCAGCUAAAAAGCCUCUUUCGAGGCUGCCAACGGCCUUCAGUGAGAGCCGGAUAGCCGCUGAACGAUCCCUGUUAAUGGAUCAAUCGAUGAAUUAUAGCGACAUUGCUUUCGUUACACAUGGACAGAGGUCCAAAGACGAAAGCAGUGCUCCACUUACCUCGUUGAGCACACCUUACAGCCGACUGUCCAUGGCUAGCGUGACUUCUUCGCGCCAUUCCAGCGAAACUUAUAUGGGCGUCGGUGAUUUGGCUUCUGCGCCAGAGCGUUCAACACAACAGGACAAUGUCCGCAAUUAUCUGGAUCUGCAAUCGCCAAUCGAGUCGGAGGAAUUGUAUAUCAGUAGUCAUUUCGCCGACGAGCCCCUGUAUCAAUUUUACACAGCUGCCAUUAUUGAGCGUGCCACGCAAAACCAAGGGGAUGGAAGUGAAGAGGAUGACUACGAAGUCAUUGGUGAACAUCGCCGCAAAGAGGACGAACAUCAAGACAUUAAGGGAUACAAUGCCAAAUUGCCGACAGCCAUGGAACUGGUGAUGCCAUCAAGCGGUCGGAGAACUCUGUGGUGUGAAUUACCUCAAGUCAUCAACAGUGGCCUUUUAGAAACCAUUUCACCGCAACAGCGCAAACUUCAAGAAGCCAAAUUUGAAUUGAUUACGUCAGAAGCUUCGUACCUGCGAUCGCUGAAUGUGUUGACGACCCACUUUAUACAGAGUUGUGAAUUUUCCGGAGAAACGGCCGGCGAAGCAUUGCUCACUCGUCUGGAGCGCCACACUCUUUUCUCCGAUAUUGUGCCGGUACGCGAAUGCUCAGAAGCUCUUCUAGCCGACUUGGAGCGGCGCUGGCAAGAGAAUGUCUUCAUUCGCGAGAUUUGCGACAUCCUUUUGGAACACGCUUCCAAACAUUUCGAAGUCUACAUCAAGUACUGCACCAAUCAGCUCUAUCAGGAGCGCAUGCUGAGGGAGCUCAAGGAGACCAAGCCAAUGUUUGUUGACUGUCUGCGUCGGUUAGAGGCCAGUCCCGUGUGCCAGUCAUUAGCCAUGCACAGUUUCCUCAUGUUGCCAAUGCAGCGAAUCACUCGAUUGCCAUUGCUCGUCGACGCCAUUUUUCAUCGACUAGACAGCGGCUCGGCAGAGUUUGAACGCUGUCGGAUGACUCUCGCCACCUUGAACAAGAUUGUGCAAGAGUGCAACGAAGGGGCGCGCAAGGCCGAACGCAUCCACGAGAUGCUGGUCGUAUCUAAUCAGCUGGAUUUCGCCGACGUCAAGGCCAUUUCGAUCAUGUCCGCUUCACGCUGGUUGGUCAAGAAAGGUGAGAUGCAGCGUCUCAUGUGGCGAGACAUUGACGCUCGUCUCACGUUCGGCCGAAAAAUCCACAAGCAGACGGUCUACGUUUUCUUGUUCACAGAUCUCUUGGUCAUCACUAAAAAGAAAGGAGAGGAUUCUUACGCCGUGCUGGAUUACUGCCCUCGAAAUAUGGUUCAAGUGGAUGAACACAUGCGUACGGAAAAACCCAUUGGGAAACCAGGAUCCGAGCUGGGCAAGAAUUUGAUCCUCUUGACAAUGCUGCAAAACCAUGAAAACAAAACAGUAGAAAUGAUUCUCUCUUGCUCGUCUGAAUCCGAUCGGACUCGAUGGCUGGAAGCCGUAACUCCGCGGACGUCAGACAAUCCAGAGGAGAAGAUUUACGAAGAGUGGGAUUGCCCCCAAGUUCAGGUCAUUCAUCCUUAUGUUGCCACUCAGCCGGAUGAACUGUCUCUGGAAGUCGCUGACGUAGUCAACGUCCUACGUAAAAUGGCAGACGGUUGGUAUCAAGGCGAACGGAUGCGAGACGAUCAGCGCGGCUGGUUCCCGGGCAACUACACAGUGGAAAUCGCCUCAUCUCACGUUCGAGCGCGUAAUCUACGUCAACGCUACAGAUUGCUGGCGCUAUCUGGCAACUUUAUCGAGGAACAAGCUCGUAAAGACAAGGAAGAAAAUAAAAGAAAGAGUAAAAAAUCCAGCAUUAUUCUUAACGAAUGAAUGAAACAUGUUGCUGAUAUCGGUUGUGACACUAAUAGCUGUAAAUCAACGUUUACGUCUUUUUUUUCAUUUUUGUCUGUUUUUCUUUAUCAGACGGGGCUUUUCAGCAUAUUCCUUAUUUUUUUCAUUGGUUUUAUUUUUGUAUAUCCAUCAGUCAAAAGGAAUUGUCAACUGUAUUUACAAAAAAAAAUCAUAUCUCUAAAUUACUGUUUUACGUGUGUGUGUGUAAAUAGCAGACGAAAAUCCAUAAUGCAAGAAAACCACUAAUCAGAGUUACUAACUACUUCAAGAGAUUGUUAACAUCUCAUUUUUUAUCCCUCUCUAAAUACUUUUUAAAUCGUUUAGACCAAUUAUAAUUGAUGCAUUCUUUUUCUGAUUUCGCGCUAUAUACACUGUAAAGCUAUAAUUUGUUUCUGCUAGAGGCUGGAAAUGUUUUUUUAGAAAUGUAUUUGUGUACGUCUGUGAAUAUUUUCAUAUUAUCCUUACCGAGAGGCAAAGCGAGCAAAAGAGCCGAGUGUGUUUGUCAGAUAUGUGAUGAAAUAAUAAACAACGCGACGUGUAUUGUUAUA